CGUCGGGCUGGAAGGGGCGGAGCCACCCCCCGCCUGGGGCUGUGCGGGGGGCGCUGCCCCCAUGUUCUCUGCCCCCUUGCAGCCGCUGCCCUCGCUCUGGAGGCUGAUGGAGGAGCAGACGGUGCCCAGCGAGAAGCCCGAGGUGAAGAGCAUCCUAGGGGUGGACGUGGUGGAGCGCAGCUUGGAGCUGCACGCGGAGGUGGAGACCCUGGUGGAGCUGUGGCGGGAGGAGCGCUCUGCCUGCGCUGGGCUGGAUCAGUGCCCCCCGCAGGGGGCCGGGGGCUGGGCUCUCCUGACAGCCCCCACCCACCUCAAGGAGCUGUUGAGACGGGAGCUCCGGAUGCUGCUGCUCAGUCUCCAGCAGAAGGCGUCCCAGGAGGGCAGGGACGCAGCUGGGGCCAUCGCCAAGUACAGCCCCCAUGUGGUCAGCUUCGCCCUGGGGGGGGGCGCACACGCUGGAGGGGAGUGCGCAGCACAGGACAGGUCCCUGUCUGGGGGCACCAGCACGAGCCCAGACCCCGGCCUCGUCCACCACCUGGAGCCCCUCAAGGACAAGCUGAGCGUCUCCCGCAUCCACCAGGCGCAGACCCAUCUCCGGGCCCUGCUGGAGGAGGAGUGCCGUGCCCUGGAGAGACACAUCUGCCACCUCUGGCGCUGCCUGGAGGAGGAACACCGAGCCGCUGCGGGGCCAGCGCAGGAGCCAACGAUGGCUGAGCUGCAGGAGCAGAGACAAGCCAUGGAGCGGGACUUGCAGCUGGGCCAGCUGGACCCCAGGCCUGGCCUCUCCCAGGAGGUCCAGUGCCCUGAGCCUGUGGCCCCCCGACAGCCCAGGUGUCCCGUGGGCCUGGGGAGCCCGGCACCAGCCAGUGUGUCCCCCCGCCUGGCACCAGCCGUUCUGUCCCCGUCGGGCCGCCGAGAACCAGCCCCGCCAGCCCCAGGCACUGUGCUGGGCCGAGUGCCCCUCGACGGGUGCAGCUGCUCUCUGGGCAGCCUGGCUAGGGGGCUCCACGGAGGGGCUGCGACCCCCGGCUGGGCCUCUGGGCACCAGGACCUGGCUGCACCAUCACCCCCAGGAGCUCGGGUUCCCCCUGCAAGCCCAGCCUGCAGCCGCCUGGCCCCCCUGCCAGCAGGGCCCAGCCUGGCCUUCCUCCCAUCGCCACCCGCAGAGCAGCGCCCGCCCCUGCGCCCCCUCUCCGGCCGCCACCUGAGGCUGCUGGGAUGCCAGGGGCCAAGCUAGCGCAGGGAGCCUCUCUGGGGUAUGGGGCAGGGAGCCUGGGGCAGCCUGGCAUGGGCAGGAGGUCCUGCCCCAUCUCCCCCCCAGCUCCAGCGCUGCUUCCUGCCCCGCUGGGUCCCCGGUCCCCGGCUCGGCCUUGCUCUGCCCUGGAGGCCCCCAACCCGCAGGGGCAUUGUCGUCUCCCCCAGCCCGGGAUCAGCCCCCUCCGCCUCUUGGGGGGCAGCUCCUUAGCUGAGCCCUGAGCCUGGCCUGCAACGCCCCCUCCUGGCUGCCCCCUGCCAUGGUGCGCGGGGAGCCGUGCAGCGUGCACUGGCCUAGGGUUCAGGUGGGGGAGGGGCGCAGGUACCAUGUGCCCAGGGGGUGGGGGGCAGUGGGGGAAGGGAAGCUGCCUGGGGCCUGGGCACUUCUCAGUGCUCCUGCCUCUGGGGGGGAUGGGCCCUUGGAGCCAGAGGCAGGUGCUGGGGUCUGGCACCGUGCCCUCUCUGCGGGGCCCCCUGCCCUCACCCACCCUGGGCAGGACCCACACAGCUGCCCCAUGGGGCUCGGAGCUCUGCCCAGCUGUGGGGGGGAGCUGGGACCUGCUGUGGGCAUGCCGGGUGCCUCUGCCCAGCGCCAGCAGGUAGCAAGGCCAGGCGAGGGGGGCAGGGCCUGGGCCCCUCCGCUCCGUGCAGUCUGGCGGCUGGGAACGGGACCCGCCGAUCUCCUGGCUGCACCGGGCCACAGCAUCUGGGCCAGGCCUGGGCGGGCAGUGCCCCGGGACAGGGUACCAGGGUCGCUCACGCAUGCCUCUCCCCCCCCCCCCCCC